GUUCACGUUACGCAUUGUUUAGUUAAAACGUUUUUUCCUCUUGUUUUCAUGAACAUGAGUUCAUUACUCGAAGAAAUGGCGUUCUGUUGCUAAUGAAUGAGGACGUUUGUUGAACUAAAGCCCUCCUUACUUCUUUCACAAUCAUUUGAUAUCUUUGAGAUUUUUCUUCUGUUUUAGUUGGUGCAGAUGCGGCGCGCGAUCGUUGGGAUUUACAAUCCUAUGAGGCUUGGUGUUUACUUAUUUACACAACAGUACUCUGCUACUGAAGCUAGAGUUUUGUAUUGAAGGCAGUUAUAUAACAGUGUGAUCAUAAUAACACUCACUGACCAAAGUAGGACUCUUAAUCAGAAUAAUUAUCACUUAUAUUUAUUAGUUACUCAAUCAACUAGAUUUAAGCAGAUGACCGAAACAGAAGAGGCGGUCAUCUAUCGGCGUAAUGUUGUGAAAGAAAACAAUAACCUACCAGGAACUAUAGAUAAUAUUGAUAAUGAACCAGAAUCUGAAGCCGAAUCCAAAGAAGUAAGACUAACGUUGAUGGAAGAAAUAUUGCUGUUGGGGUUGAAAGAUCGAGAAGGAUACUUAUCAUUUUGGAAUGAUAGUGUAUGUUGUGGACUCCGAGGAUGCAUACUCGUUGAACUUGGUCUCAGAAAUCGAAUUGGACUAGAGCCGAGUGGGAUGCGUCGUAGGAACCUGUCUUCUAGAUGUAUUGUUGUCAAAAAGAGCGUGCCGACUGGUGACGCAUUGCUAGAUGAGGCUCUCAAACAUAUCAGAGAUAACAAGCCUGAAAAUACGAAAACAUGGAUUGAAUAUCUCAGCGGUGAAACAUGGAAUCCAUUUAAAUUACCAUUACAGCUCCGCAACGUCAGGGAAAGGAUAGCGAAAAACCUCGUAGAAAAACGCAUAUGCACAACAGAAAAACAAAAUUUUAUCCUUUUUGACAUGAUGACGCACCCCUUAGUAGACCUUGGAAGUAAAAAACGCGUAAUUAGUCGUAUUCAGGAUGUUGUCCUUAAUAAAUGGAGCACAGAUGUUCAGAAAGUCGAUAAGCGCCUACUCUCUCUCGUGCUCUUGUCUCACUAUUCCGAUGUCUUAGAAUGUGCUUUACAACAUCUUCCAGACAAUGUUUAUGAUCUUGCCAAAAAGCGAAUUGACGAUGCACUCCAACUCGACUUCUUUGCAGAGGCCAAUAAAGAAGGUUCUUGUGAAAUGCUGUGGGCAGUUAUGGCUGCUCUUAAUUCUUAAAAAUCAAAUUCCCAAAUGUCUUGGCUGUGAUUAUUUGUGUGAAGCUCCACCUCACUAUUUUCAUGCGACCUUUAAUCUAACUUUUAUAUUUUUACGAAACAGUUGAGUUAAUAUCUAAUCAGAUCUUUUCGCAAUGUUGGUUUACACUGUGGUUUAAUUUUUAAUGGCUUUGCAAACUUUUCUCUCACUGAUUUGGUUCGCCUUCCUAAUUUAGGGGAUUUUAAGACCUAUACAUCUCUAAUGUUAUUAGUCUUAGUACAUAUUUAUACACUGCUAAGACUGAAAAUCCUGUAAAGAUGCGUCACUUCCUACACCAUCUCCAUAAGUAUCUUAGAAAAACUCAAAGUGAUGUCCAUUUGUGUACAUCUCUGUCGAUCUAUUCAAUAAAAAUUUAAAAUUAAGUCUUCUCAAUAUCCGCUUUGAUGUAAGGACUGUUCUCUUAGGUAACUUGAUACUACGUUUUUUGAAAGUAAUUCAGCUGCUAAAUCUUGUGUUGAGCCAUAUAAGUUCUAUUGUAUAUAAUAUAGAAGUAACAUGUAGACAUGGUUCCAACUUUAUAUACGAUAAACCAACCAGCUUAUUUGCAAACAGCGAAUCUAUGAUAAGUAUGUUAGACAAUUGUUAUAGUUGUGGUCACUUGUUUGAAAGUUUUUAUUUUGUAUUUUAAUUAUAGUUGAGUAACAUUAACGAACUAAAAUAUACUAGUGAGGGUGACUAACAUGCCCUGGUUUAUUUAUUUGGCAUGGUAAAUUAGUGUUAUCACGACUAAAAUGUACAGGUUUCUAUUUACGAACCACGUAGUUUCAAGAGUAAAGCAAAAAGCCCGGCUGUGAACAGUCUUUGAGGUCAGCGCUCUCCGCAUUAGGUUUUGAAAAUUUAUGGAGGGGAUCGAGUGAUUAUCGGGCUUUAAUAACACGUUACUUACAAUUGUUUUUCGACUGUAUACGGCAUGUUUGUUAUUGAUGUCGUUUACUAAUACGUAAAUCGUAGAGCUAGUCGUUUUUCCAUUGUCUUGUUCAAAUAUUCAUAAUGGUUUUCAGAUUGGUUAACAGCUGAGAAAUGAAAAUAGAAUGACAACAAUUCAAUAACUUAGUUUCCAUGCUAAUGUAUGUAUGUAUCAUCAAUAUCACUGAUUCAAAUAGUACAGCAAGUAUUCAGAGUUUAUGGCAUUUGGGUAACUUGCGCUUAGAGUCUUCAUUUGUAACUCAACUAAAAAUCGAUUGAUUUCCUUGACGCACCCCACCGCUAACAUAAAAGAGACUAGUGAUACCCUAACUACAUAAACCUAAUAUGCAACUCGUUGAACCAGAAUUAAAAACUGUUCGGAAGAAAUACUAUACACCCAGGCCCAAUAGUAGGUCAUUGAGCUGCUCUUCUGUGACUAACUUCGUUUCCCUUUGUUUUGUUAACAUCUUGAACUGAAAGAUUUCGAUAGUUUCUCUCUCAAACUACACUAAGUACUUUAUGGGACUUAUAUAUAUUAUUCAGGAGGACUACUCUUUUCAGACUGAUAGUAACACUUCAAGUAACUAAGGCGUUCGACUGCCCUCCGGUUGCCAACAAAGCAGUUCACCAGUCAUCUCUAGCAAACAUCUUGACUGGAAACUUGGAGAAACUGUAGGUCUCGAUGCUCGUAAACUUUAAAAGUAAUUAGUUAGUCUUGGAUUUCAGUAUGAUUUUCAAUUGAGGUGGAGAUUUGGGAUACAUUAUAAUCUCAUCAGGAUAAUAAAAAAUGAAAUAAACCUAUGCAUUUACAGGGCAUAUUUCUAAUAGUUCCGAGUUAACUAUUCAGAAUGUGCAUUUCUGUAUGUAGAGGGGUUAGAUCGGGUUUUUUGUCGUUUGAUUGAGUUCUUGAUUUCAUAUGUAGUUUGACUUUUCAUAGAUCCCCAUCUACUGUUCAUUCUAGUAUUAUCCAAACUCACAAAUAAUGUCCACGAAUCUUAGCAUACGGCUAGUCGUUAUGGAGUACAUGGCUCAUAUUUCAAGUAAUCGAACAUGUGAAUGAAGAAUCCGAAUUCACGUUUUUAAUGUGAGGGUAGAUCCGAUGUUUGUCGGCUUAUAAAGAAGGCGUAUAUUAUUUGCAUGAUUUACUAGUCGGAUGACGUCUUAGUGGUCUAGAGGUUGGGUAUUCGUGCACGAGAUCGAAGGUCCUGGGUUCGAAUCCCCUCUUCCAACAAACCCCCAAAUGCCCUGGUACGGUCAAGAGUGGGGAGAGUCAACUCUCCCGAAAUGCUCUCACAUGGCCACGUGCAUACAACCGCUGCCAGGGAAGUCCUCCUAGCGGCAUUACUGUUUACGAAAUUGAGAAGUCGGAAACCGAAUGUUCGGCGCUUUAAACGGGACGGUGGACACGGAGGGUCCGCCUAGGCGAGUUGGAAAUCCCUGAUUCUAAAGUCGGGUUUACAAACUUGUAAGUAAUGUAAUAAUCCCAACUUUCGAAUACUUAAAUAUAUUCUCACGACAUUUUUAUCAUACACGUGUACAAUACAAACGACAGUUCUUAUUGAGUGGUAAAAGAUGCAAUUCUUCCGUCCUUUCUGCAUUUCCAUUACAACUAAGUUCAUACGAUCACCUCUUGAAAGAAGUUAGACAUCUAGCAGCCCGAUCGAAGCUGCUACCUUGACGCGGUGGUCGGGCUUGCCUAUCGUGAUGACCCAACCGAGCUAUAUUGGCUGGAACAUAUGUUCCUGUAGGUUCUACCAUGCCAGGCAGGUCGAUUGGAGAACGGUUAGACUAAAAGCAGCAACUCAAUGUCUGAGGGCGAAGUCGUACUGCUGACUGUAGAGAGGUGUGACAGCAGUAAGGUGUUUCCCUCAGACAACCAACAUCUGUAGCGAUGCUGCCUUCCCACAAGGAGGGGCGGGGUUAGAAAGGGUCGACCCUAAAAAUGUCACACCUCACCUUACCUCACGGAUUUCCGUCUCCGGCGGUAAGGCCCUUUGAAGAACGGAGCUAACACGUCAAAAACCUUCCACAGAAAGGCCGUGCGCGACCGGCCUCAAGCAGUUGUCCCUUGGGCUCCGCGGUCACGUUCCCAGGUCUUUAAGACCAACACUAAUCCAAUUUCCUUUUCAGGUUCCUCAAGAAAUACCCUUCCACGAUGUGGGCAGCCGGGAAGUGACAUCAGCCCUCAUACCCGUAACAGCACACGAGACCAAGUUGGUCACAUUCAAAUCCUUCCUACACCUAAUACCUCUCUUAUCUCCAUGACUAACCCUCCCCAUGUCCCUUUAUCACCUCGCACCGCUAGGGCAAACGAUUCGAGUACGCGGAACGCUAUUCCUGGUCUCCUGAAACCACGCUCUAAACUACACGUAGGAGCUUUUAACGGCCGAACACAGUGCCAAAUAGGAAAACAGGCUUCCUUAGCUAGGACUUUAGAAUCUCGC